AUGCCCGCCCCCUUGGCCAUCGCCGGCGCAGCAGCCGCCACCGCAGCCACAGCAUCCUACCUCUCCGCCUCCCUUUCCUUAGAGCACGACCUUCUCUGGCUCCAAAUAGCCGGCGGCACUCUCUUCAACGUCCUCAACUCCGUUCGCACCGGGCGCGUCAACGUCUUCUACCGCCUCGAAGCGCACGCCCUGUCCCCAUCCACCGCUAACAAACCCUUUCUCUGGUUCGAGGGUAAAUCGUACACCUACCGUGAGACCUACCAGCAAGUUCUGCGAUAUGGCACCUGGCUGCGGGAGACCAAAAAGGUGAAGCAGGGGGAAGUGGUGGCGUUCAUGGCCAUGAAUUCCGACACGUUUGUGUUUGUCUGGUUCGGGCUGUGGAGUAUCGGUGCCACGCCGGCUUUUAUCAAUUAUAAUCUUACGGGAAAACCGCUGGCGCAUUCGUUGGAGGAGAGCAAAGCGAGACUGGUGAUUGUUGAUCCGCAAGUGGAAGGGAAUUUGACGGAGGAAGUCAAGGCGGGGGUGCAGGUGCAACAUCAGAAAGAAGGGGGAGGAGGAGGAAGAGAAAGGGGACUGGGAUGGAAUAUAAAGGUCGAUUCCUAUGUCGGCAUGGCCAUCCUGAUCUAUACGAGCGGGACGACGGGACUGCCGAAGCCCGCAAUCGUCAGCUGGACCAAAGUUUUCAUGGCAGCUAUGCUCACCGGCAAGGGAACUUCCAUGCGCGCAGACGACGUGUUGUACACGUGCAUGCCGCUUUAUCACUCAUCUGCUUCGUGUCUGGGCGUGUGCGCGGCGUUGUUCAGGGGCGCGACGGUGGCGGUGGGGAGGAAGUUUUCGACGAAAACGUUCUGGAAGGAUGUGAGAGCUAGUCAGGCGACGAUUAUUCAGUAUGUCGGCGAGACUUGUCGAUACCUGACGGUUGCGGAGCCGGAGGUUGAUCCCCUGACGGGGAAGUGUUUGGAUAAGGAACAUAAAGUUAGAGUGGCGUGUGGGAAUGGGUUGAGGCCGGAUGUUUGGGAGAGGUUUAGGGAGAGGUUUGGUGUUGAUACAAUCCUAGAAUUCUACGCCUCCACCGAAGGUCCUUUGGGGACAUGGAACCGCUCCCGCAACACCUUCUCCCUCGGCGCCAUCGGCCGUUUUGGCAUUCUCUCCCACUUCCUCACCAACACCCGCUCCGCCGUCGUCCGUCUCGAUUUUGAAUCAGACCAACCCCACCGCGACCCUUCCACGGGUUUCUGCACCCGCACGCGCCCCAACGAGCCCGGCGAACUCCUCGCUGCGCUUCCACCAAAAGACAUCAAGUCCCGCUUCCAAGGGUACUUCGGCAACGAAAAAGCCACCAACUCCAAGAUUUUACGGGAUGUGUUCAAGAAGGGCGACGCGUGGUUUCGCACGGGCGACAUAGUCCACUGGGAUUCCGAAAAGAAACUUUACUUUUCUGAUAGGAUAGGCGACACGUUCAGAUGGAAAAGCGAGAAUGUGUCAACGGCGGAGGUGGCGCAAGCUUUGGGGAUGCAUCCUGCUGUUCAGGAGGCGAAUGUUUAUGGUGUGCAACUGCCGAAUCAUGAUGGACGGGCGGGGUGUGCUGCUAUUUCACUUAAAGGGGAAGGGGAGGUGGGGGAAGAAGUACUGGAAAGUCUGGCCAGACAUGCCCAGAAGACGCUGCCGAAGUAUGCGGUUCCGCUGUUUUUGAGGGUUACCUCUAUGAGGGAUGGAGUUGGAGAGCAGACUACGGGGACGAUGAAGCAGCAGAAACAAGUGUUGAGGGAGCAGGGGGUUGAUCCCGGAAAGGUCACGGUGGGGAAGGAUGGUAAGGAGGGGGAUAAGUUGUAUUGGUUGGACCACGAUGGGAAGGGGAGGUAUGUAAAGUUUGGGGAGAGGGGGUGGAGGGAGUUGCAGGGGGGGAGGGUCAAGCUUUGA